AUGCUGAACAUUGUACUUCUUGUGACGCUGAUAUGCAUCAUUGUCGCAUUGGUUCUUUACUUGUUCUUCUGGAACCGUUUCGUAGCAUUUCUUUUAGGGCUCGUCUUCCGACUUGCAUUCUGGAACCAGGCGGAGUCUAGCAUAUGGGUGGAUAUUGGCUCUAUACAUUUCUCGAUCCUAACGGGACGCAUCCUAUUCAAGGAUUUGCGAUAUCAUUCUAGCAACCAGACCAUCAAGGUCGUUAAGGGUAUGAUAAGCUGGAGGUAUUGGAUACGCAGGCCCGCAGCGGAGGAGGACCUCAGUCAUGCCCAAGUAAUAGGCGAAGAUCUAAGUCAGAAGGAGCGUCUUCCUCUGUCAUGUCGAGUCCACAUGUCGUUGCAGGGGUUUGAAUGGUUCAUAUAUAACAGAACUGCAGCGUAUGACAAUAUUGUAGCCCAGAUGGGAGACGAUCUUCCCCCCACUCCAGCCCCUACACCUGCUGCACCUAACUUGGAUGCUAGAGAUGCACUUCGCAAGAUAUUCAGUAAGACGUCUGCAGCGCCCGAUGCAACUACCGGCCCUACCAUAUCUUUGGUGUCUUCCAUCUAUCAGAAAUCGCCGAGCUUUAUCAAACGUGCGGUCAACUGGAUUAAGCUCCAGGCGCCCAACUUCGAUCCCAAGAAUCUCCUUCCCAUGGGGAUUGAGGUCACCAAGGGCGCCAUCAUUUGUGGAAAUGCGUCUACACCAAGUCUUCUGGUCGCCCAGUAUAGUAAAGCCGAGGGGACAUACGGCAUCGUACAGGCAAGAUCAAAAUUUGACUUGUAUAAGCAACUCCUCAAUCUCAACUUUCGCAAUGCCUCCGUCUAUUAUGUUGAGAACUCUGACUACCAGGAGACAAUGAGAACUGUCGGCGUCAAAAUCGAGGAACAAAUCAGGGAAUCACGCAGCCUACCCCUGAGGCAAUCAACUUAUGUCUCCUUUGACUCAUUUGAGAAACUUUGGAAUCGUCUGGAGUUAUGGGCUGCCGCAAUGCCUCGCUCGCGACUCGGUAAACUUGGCAGAUAUCUGCGCCAGUUCUUCGGUUAUCCAUCUGUGUCAGUUACACAUCCGUCUACACCAUGGAGUUGGCGUAAAAUGCCAAAGAGUUUGGACGACGAGACUCCUCUCGGAAUAGAUUUUUCCACGCUAGAGUAUGCGAUCGAACGCAAGAUCCUCGAAGCACCUAUACUUGAGAUCCUGUAUUAUGCUGAUGUAGUCGGGGUCGUCCCAUAUGAACCCUUACAACCGCCUACCAACUCCGAGGGCUCAGAUCCUUUUGACAUUGGGAAUGGUGACCUUCCGCCAGAGUGGGGCGUGGAUUUUGUUGUGAGGGGCGGGUUUCUACGCUAUGGCCCUUGGGCGGACCGCCAGAGGGUGAUUUUGCAGCAUUGCUUCUUUCCGCCGACAUUUCACGAUUUAGAGCCAGCGGCGCGUCUCAAACCUGGAGAUACACGGAUGUGGACUGGCCUCAAAGUCUUCGUAGAGUUGCGAGAAGGUGUUACGCUACAUAUUCCUUUUCGAGAAGCUUCUAAAGAUUGGCAAUGGGAUGGCAAAGUUCAUGUACCAAAUAGACCGCGCAGAAGGGAAGCCGCUUCAAUUCACAUCAAAGCUGGCGAUAGUUCUACCAUCAGUUACAUUUUGCCCAUGGUGGUCAGUCCUUCUGGUUAUCAGCCGAUUCUGGAGGUACACCUUGAUACUGUAACCGUCACGUCGAGCCUUAAUGAUAUUCGGUUGGUUUCUGCGGAGUCUUGCAGGGUCCGGUGUCAUCUACCUUCUCCCCUUCAGUGGAAUGGCGAGAGGCAAUGGGCGUUUGCUGUGUCGCUUCGUCAAACGGACUUAUACCUCCUCAGAGAUCAUAUGAACAUGCUUACCGACUUAGGAAAAGACUGGAGUUCGGGGCCCCCAGUUGACUACUUUCGAUUUAUCCCGAUGCUGUAUACUGUGGAGCUCGACUUGCACAAUUACGAACUCAACAUGUACGUGAAUGACCACAACAUUAUUGAUAAGCCACUCAUCAAGGAGGAGAACGGCACGUUUUUAUUCCCAUACUUGUCGGAUUAUUCUGAUUCUCUGAUAUUAGCCUUGUUGAAGUUGUGCGGAACGUACCUCUCAAUCAACGCUCGCCUUCCAUCCCUGCGAUAUCGGCCAGAAGCGACGACUGUAUCUUUCGGUAUUGAGGCUCCGAAUGCUGUCAUUAGCCUUACAUUACCGCGCUGGAACUCCUAUACCUUGUACCCCGUACCAGAUCGCACCGAGAUAGGAAGGAUAGGUUUGGUCAGCUUGGAUGCGUCAUACCGGUAUCAUGCAGAAGUACGCCAUGAGAACAUGGACCAUCUCAGGCUUGAUUUCAAGGCUCGUGAUGUGGUCUUCAAGGCAUUUGGCUGGACCAUCAGACACUUCCUAAUCCUUCGCGACAACUAUUUUGGCUCCUUCACUCAUUUUAGCACUUUGUAUGAGUAUCUUGAGAAACGGAAAAAGGGGCAGCCUAUUGGAGAUCCGAUCGAGCUGCAAUACAGACUGGGAAAGUCUAACUCCAUGGAAUUGGAGCUAAAUCUCAGUGUAGAUGGAGGCUUUAUCAUACUCCCAAUAGGGCUUCCGGGUUAUGAAGCGCAUAGCCCCGCGCAGGCUAAAGUUGGGCCGGCAGAUUUGGGUUCUUGUCUGGUGCUGAGCCUCCCGGACUUGCAAGUGGGGCUUAGAACAAAUGACUACUAUAUGGACAUGUCCUUGAACGUUGGCACGUUGCAAGGCUAUCUUGAAGAUCAUUGGCUAACCAACGUCCGCUCGGAUCGCAAGUCUUCUCAGAGGAACAAGGACGUCAUUGUUAUUGAUUCGUUGGGUAUAACUGCGAACAGGUUAUUUGGUCCCCAGCCUCAGACUUCCACUUAUGUGUGCAUUUGGGAAAUCCACGUUAGCAACGUCAAAACUGCUUUAUCCACUUACCAGUGCCAGUUGCUUUCGGCACUAGGAACUUCCUUCAGUCUGAAUUAUACUGACCCACUCAACGCGCCCGCAAGAGAAUUUGUGGUGCCUACGUAUCCAGACGUUACAUUCUUGAAGGUCACUUUCGAUUCAGUGAAUGUUAUUUGUCUAACGGAGCACUCAGCGGUAGAAAUUAUUUUGCCGCGUGGAUGUCGCUUCGAUAGUAAUGACCUCCCAGGCCAGUGCCAUCGGAAAGUACUCAGCUUUCGUCUACCUAGUGCAACGCUCAAGGCUUUGGUCACUACGAAACAGCUAUCGUAUACCUGGUGCGAGGUAGCAAGGAUUCAGUUUGACGCCAAGCUGGAUAUAUACGUGGCUCCCCCGGGAUGGCAAGACAGUGCUCGCGCCCAAACCGAGUUCGUCACCAGCCAAGACAAGCUCACCGGUCGUGCUAAGGUUCUGUAUUCCCCGCAAAGGCUAGACCCUUCGAAUGAUAAAGUCCCGUCAGGACGUGGUUUGCUAGAUAACGACCUAUAUCUUCCUCAGCUCCGCGUUUCAUCCAGAUCGCAUGCGAGGAGGGUCGGUCACUCUGGUAUCAUGGAUCGUCUGGCCAAGAGAAAAUUGAUGCCACUCAAUGAGUAUUUAUCAGCGAGUCGUCAAUAUGAAUCCGACGGAGACGAGGGUGUUUCAGAGGCCGAUCGUGAUGCUCGCCUAGCUAAUUCUCGCCCAAUACGUUCGUCUCAUACAGAUUGGUAUGGCGAAGACGAGAGUGCAUUCAGCGGAGAGGAAUCUGACGAUGAUGAUCUCACUGAUUCCGCCGAUUCCGAUUGGAAUAGUGACGAUUCAUGUGGCAUAGAGGAUAUUUCACCUGAUGGGCCUUGGCCAUCGGUGCUACAAUAUCUGGACGUGACCUGCCACUACAAGGAAUCAACUCUACGGCAGCCUUCAUUAUGGGACGGUUCACCUUUCUCACUUUGUCGAACUCCAAAUCCUAGAGUUCAGCGGAUGACUCAUAUGACUUCGUCUUCCGUGCACAGAAGGACAUCGCAUUAUGAUAUCGAUCUUCACGCGAUGAGGGAACCUGCGGAUCGCAAUACCCAUGCAUCUGUUGCUCGCUUCCUUUGCGAGGAUGGUGUUAAUAUCUGGUUGACGCCGUUAGUCCUCUUGUUCGUGAAUGAAGUUGUUGAAGACGUGAAGCGCAACCGGCUAGGUCCAGAGCUUCGCAUAGACAUGCUAUUGGCAAAAUACAUGUCUUUGUCCGAUACAGAAGGCAACGACCCACCAAGUCAGAUCACGGUGCUCGAUUUUUUGAUGUCCUCUGUGCGUGUGAGCCUUACGCAAGCCAUCACGCGGUCGACUUCCACCAAGGAGGGCAGCCGAUCACGAGCUCGAGAAAUCCCGAAGACAACUACGACACUGGCCUUGGAAGGCUGCCACGUCAGUGCAAAGUUUGUUCAACAUAGCAAGGGUCAGACCCAAGGCACAUUUUCCUCGUCGAUAGAAGAUUUCUCGUUCAGCCUCAAAUCAUAUCUAGGCCUCAAAGUUCCGUGGACAGAGUCUGGUGCUGCUGUCCCGACGUGUCAGAUCUCUUUAGGACGCAGUGUAUUCAAUCUCACCGAAAAGAAACUGACUCUAUCGUUAGGCCAGCUGUCCACGACCGUAGAUCAUGCCACCCCAGAGCUAACCCUCGCAACCGCUGUUGUUACCCUGCAGCUUUAUAGAGCAAUGAUAAACACCAAGGACAAGAUUUCCUCCCAUAUCCCUGCUCUGGACAAACGACUUAUGCAUGAAAUUUUGGCCUGUUCCCGCCAAAGAACAUUUAUCGACCCUUUGUCUGCCAUUCAACCCUCCUAUCUUGUACAGAAGGGCUUACCGGACAGAUUGCGGAAAGAUAAUGCUUUCAAGCUCCUCGUUCAUUUGCGUAACUGUCUCCGAUAUCUAGACCCUUCAGAACGUCAGGCCAUAGUGAACUAUCAACUUGAAACCCCGCCUGAGAUCACUGUUCAGGACAUCAUACUCUUGGUCGAUACCCAGUACCUGAGCCACGGCCUAGACGAGGAUGCGGCGAAUCCAUCCGGUCGAUCGCUCCUGAACAAGCUCUUCAGUAACGCUGCUACUGAACUUGCGCAGGACGGACAGAUUCACGGUCAACCCCCUAUCGACAUUGUCAUUUUGCAAGCAGGAAAGUUAUCGGUAUCCAUUCGGCAUGAUGCAGGCGGAGCUAGUUGUACUGAGAGCAAGCUCUACCUUGGACCCCUUGCUUCCAAAAUACAAUUCAAGUCUCCAGCAGUUCUUCAUCUGUCGCCAUCUAACACGAAACGGACUCCUCCCACUCUUUCACUCCAUGACGAAGAGCACCCCACUAUCCGACAUAUCAUAUUGUCGAUCUCCUUGGACUCCCUAGCUCUCGACAUCUAUCCUAGGCUCAUAUCCUUUUUCGAAGUGGUCGUGCGGAUGAAUAGGCGAUACUCGUCCGCUCUGGCAGCAACUGAUGAGACCGCGUCAGAAACAAAAUCGCCCUUGAACCUCCCAAACAGACAUAAAAUUCCAACCGCUAUCGGCUAUUUUGAAGCUGCAUUAUCCGUCAAAUCUCUGACGUUUAGGGCAGCAGCAGACAAAUUGGCACUUGAAUUCAGCAUUUCUGGUCUUGGGGUCGCAUAUACUUCCUUGCACAAGGACGCUCUAGCCACAGAAGGGCGUAACUCAACAAACUUCUCGGCCAUUUUAGACGAAACUGCCUUUCGUGUUUGUGCUACCAAGGAAUGUUGUCGAACAGUGGAGCAGAAAACACUUGCUUCACUCAUCAUUCGAAGGAGCAAGAUCAGCCUUGUAGUCCUUCAGGAGUGGCAACUUAUCUCUAGAUUGGAAAUAGUCCUCGGUGUUGACCAGGUGGAGCUUAACGUGCCUCGCAGCGUGCUGCGUACAUACCGCUUUGUGGAAGAAUGGAGAGCUGACUACCUUCCUGGUAUUGAAACUGCUUUUCAAACCUUGGUAUCGGAGCUAGGAUCUGACAAGCCGGGCUCACCCUCGUUCAGAAUAUCUCAACGUGGAGCCACCCCCUACAUCCAAGUACACAUCUCACUCUCAUCACUACGCAUCAAUCUACAAAUCAUGCUGGGCACGUGGCUUUCCUGGAAUGUUAAGAGGGCUACCGCCUACCUGACAUCUUCUGUCAAAUUCCAUCAAGGACGCAGGUGUACCUUUGGUUUGCAAAUGGGGCCACAUCUCGCUGAAAUUGUCUCUCGUGAUGAGACGAAGUCGCACGAAGCAUCGGAUGUACGCAUUCAGCUGGAACUGCCCGUUCUUGCCCUCAAGGGUCAAUAUGAUGAAUCGGGCUUCCAGGGUUUGGUAUCGGUGGAAUUCUUUCACAUUAUGGUUAAGCCAUCUGAUUGGGACAUUAUCCUCUCCGUCCAACAGAAGUCAGGUCAGGAUUUCAAUGAUCUCCUUCAUCUGAUCGAGCAAACGAGUUCAAAACGAUCAAUGGGCUCUGUACCAGGACCUGGUCUGGCCGCAACCAACACAAUGAAGAUCAGCGCCUUUGCAAGGAUGAAAGGCUUUCAAAUCGGCCUCGAAGGGCAUUCCUCGACAGUCCUCUUGGAAUGUAACGACAUUAGCGGCAGUAUAGAAAAUCAGCUUGGAUUAGCCUGGCACAUUCAAUUGUCUGAUCUAGCGCUAUCUCUCGCCACACGGGCAGGGGAACGAGUUGCUUUGGAGAGAGGUCACCGGUCAGCUUUCGUUACCAUCGACUUCUUGGUCAAAAUGAGGCAUCAAGCCACGACUCCCCGGGGACAAAGCCUGCAGUUCGCAAUUACUAAAGUCCACGCCGUCAUGCAGCCGACAUCGAUAGGUGAACUUGAUGACUUUGUUGACCACCUACAGGGUGAGGUUUUGUUGCGGCAAGCAGAUCGUGCUGACGAGCUUGCACGGUUCAAAGAGAAGACGAAAAGCAUAAUGCGAUCAUUCGACGUCAAGGUUGGCGAGAGCCAGCGUCCAAGAUUUUCCUGGAUAGAUCGAUACACCAUUUCUUCGACUAUCAAGAAUAUUGGCGUAGCUUUCCCAUUGGCAGCCAGCCCCUCACUCCGAAUGAAUCGAUCAGGGGGUCAAGAUGUUGCUCCUGCAGUUCGAGCCUUCCUGUUUUCCAUCAAAUCACUGUCCUUUGGCGCACAGCAUGGUGAGAGCGGACAAGCUACUAUGCACGGAUUCGCUUUUCAGUUUGUUCCUCGGUUUAGGCAGUCAAUUCCAACUGAUUUUGCUGGCGAUAGUCAUAAUACUCGGAACAGAUUGCUCUACCCCGAGAUGACAGCUAAUCUUCGUUCCGAGCGAUCUUCUGCAUCACGCCGCAUUCGCAUUGGUGCGGACGUAAGCGGAUUUGUGUUGGAUAUGGAUUCUUCGAUCGCCGACUAUGUCUUCUCACUCAUCGAUGUUUACCACCAGGGUGUGGACCGUAUGGACCGCUUGACAAGUAACAUAUCUCGUCCGCAAGUCGGAGAUCGCGAAAGUGAUACAAAAUCGGAAUCUAGGCAAAUACAGCCUCAAUUCGAGUCGCUGCCGACUUCCAACGUCCUCUUGUCGUUCAAAUUCGCUAGUGGGCGUCUUCGAAUGCAUAGCGGGAGGUACAAGCACGAUUCAUCGCGAAUCAGGACGCCAACCUCCACUCACACCUUUGUUGCUCAAGCUCAUGGAGAAAUUGAGGCUGAGACCUUCGAUCUCCCUGUGGUCUCUGUUUGGGGAGAAUACCGAGCAAUGUCGGCUUUCAGGAAGUUGACUGGAUCAUAUCACGAGUCUGAAUUGUCAACUUUGAUGUUUAAGAGCACAAUUCACUCCAGCCAAAAUACGUUACGACCCACACUUCUCUCAUUUCUCACCGACCUCGUUACUCGCAUCGAAGAUCGCAUGAGACAAAGCAGCCGACCGGAUUCACUGUCCUCUCCAUUCAGAAGUCACGAAACCCUUCCUUCUGCGACUGCAAGUGACAUAACGGACAGUUUGGAUGAUGCCAUGUCAGGUACGAAGAUUAGCCUGAGCCUCCGAAUCGAUCAGUCCAAGCUGGAGUUGACCUGCCAGCCUGAUGUCAACGUCAUUGCCGGACUCCAUUGGGACAGUGGCGGUUUCAUUGUUGAUAUUGCUCCUGGUGCUCGCCGUGUGACGUUCUCAGGCUCUGUGGGCGGCCUAACCAUUGGCCUCAAGCAUGGUUUUUUGAGCGAGGAUUGUGUCAGACUUGACGCACGCAAUUUGGCUUUCAACCUGACCUUCGCGAAAACUGGACCCGGUCGAGAGAAAAUCUCAAGUUCCAUCUCUGUAGUAGUAGACACAGAGUUCUCAGGCAGCAUACGCUUUUCCCGCCUACAGGAUGUAUUAUGUUUCAAAGCAGUUUGGCUGGAUCGUAUCCCAGUUUUCAGCAGUCGGAAUGUCGCGAUCCCAGGUACUCCCAAUGCAACGAAAUCUACAGGGCAAAGUAUUGCCCGCAGCUCACAUCAGGAACUUACAACGGCUGUUAUCCUUCGCUUCCGUCAGAUUCACUUGGCCGCGGAUCUUGGACAAUCUAUCAGCCUUAUACACCUCAAUGUUGACGAUAUGCUUGUCAGGACAAAAAUAUGCGACGCUUUCUCAGAGCUCACCUUGACCAUAUCCCAGCUAGCUAUGGUGGCGUCAGGCAACGUGUCAGGCAAGAUAUCGGCCCCCGAUUUUCGCUUCCAGUCCAUGCGCAACUUCGGCGGCAUUCCCGGUUGCGCCUCGGGGAACAAAAUGUUGGAUCUUGUCAUAACCACUGGAGUGUUCAGCAUUGAAUUGGAAUCUGAGUUCCAGAGACUGAUUCAAUACAGGGCGGAACCUAUCGAGGUAAAGAUUUACGACGAUUGGUCUGCGAUUUCAACACAAGUUUCACCAGAAGACCGGCAUGUCGAUGUGGCAUUCACCGUUUCCGGGUCGGACGUGGUCAUAAUUAUGAACGUUGGCACUAUCCCAAAGCUCGUUUCUUACGCCCAUAAGUUCAGGAUGACAUUGGACAAUCAGCGCGAAGGCGCUGGCCGUGAGUCGAAAGCUUUCAGGGUUGCAAGCUCCCCCAAACCAGACAAUCCAUUAUCGGCUGUGGCAAAUGCAAUGCUCACUUCCACUCGCAACCGCUUGAAGGAAGAGGCUGGUUUAACAUAUACCGUUGGCCAGCGCAUGAGCCUCAGACUCAACUUACUGCAGUUAAUUGUUUUCCCUCGUUCAAUGCGUGACCUGGAGUUGGCUCAGUUUAUUGGACAUGACGUCCACGCUCGUCUCGACCGUUUGGUUGAGACUAACGCCUUGCCUGCAAGACGUGACCUGCGACUGUCCUUCUCAUCCAUCAUGACUUCGAGGAUCAGUCAACUAAAUCAUGCGCUAGUUGCGAAAGAGAACGCCGAUGGGAUCAAGCAAUGGCUAUCAAAUUUAGUCAAGGAUGCCCCCGAGGCGAUUAUAUUCGGGCUACCAACCAUGGAUAUACAGAUGCGAAGCGAGGAAACUGCACAAGGAGGCAAGAGAGUCCUCAGAUACGAUUUCAGCAGUAGAUUUAGCGUCAAGAAGGGCACGAAAGAUACGGAAGAUAUUUACAUCAGUUUAAACAUGUCUCUAUAUGCUUGGCUCACUUCGCUUCGCAAGACGUUCGCUAGGGAGAUGGAGCAGGUGCAGUUAGCAGGCGACAUCCGCGGCGCAGCGAACGGCUUCACACAACAGACAUUCCAGCGCAAACGAGGGAACGACUCAAUUUCCUUGCGACCCGAAACUCUUGACACUGUUACCGCGUCGAAUGGUUUGGGAACAUCCACAAACGACGAUCACGUAUCAUUAUCUUCUCCAGUCUCGCCCUCUAAGCCUGCAUUCAAUCCAUCCUCUACAUCGAAGCUGAUGGCGCUGCCAACGUCCAUUGGAUCAGACCUACCCCCACCACUACCUGCCAAAUCACUCGGCCUAACGUACGAGCCACGCGAGCGGUCCAUUGAGCGACUCACUAUGAGACAACUAGGGGAAGCCACUCCAGAUGUUAUGCAUCCGUUCUUCAUGAAAAAGGCAGGGUUCAGUCUAGAGGAUUCGCUGCCACAAUACGUGCACGAAUAUGCCACGUUGCCUACUGAGGAGAUCAUGAAGGCUUUACUUAAGAUCUAUAGCAAGCAGUUAGAUUCUAAUCAAGAUAUCAAAACGGACGUUUAA